AUGGUAGCCAGAUGGAGAGUCAUGGAUUUUGUGAACAAGGUCCUCGCCCGUGGAACUGACAUCGAGAUACUCUUCCUGAGAAGCCGUAUCAAUCUACCGAGCCUACUAAGGGAGGAUUUUGACAAUCUGGAUGCGGCGGCAGACUUGGGAGACUCGUGCGCGAGCAUCGAGUGGCAGGCCAACCUCGCAGAAGCCCUGAGGGCCAUCGGCAGCAUGGGCGCACUGUUCACGCCAGCGUCGCCGCCCUCUGUGGAGCUCGCGCCCCCAGGGUGGAACGUCCAGGGCAUGACCAAGAGGGUGCGCAGCUGUGGAGCUCUGGCCCCGCAGCCCAGCGGCGAGAUGCUGCCCCUCAAGGUGUCCACCAGCCUGUCCGCGCUGGUCCGCGCCAGCAGCGGCAGCCCGAGGUCCCCUGCUGCCCACGAGCCUCGG